AUGUCUUUCGCUUUACAGGGUGAAGAUUGCAAUGGACACGGUACUCACUGUGGAGGUACUUCUGCUGGGACUACGGUUGGUAUCGCCACAUCGGCUAGUCUUUAUAGCGUUCGUGUUUUGAAUUGCAUGGGUGCUGGAUCAACAGCAAAUAUCGUAGAAGGUUGUGAUGCCAUUACCAAUGACGGUUCUAAGCCUGCUGUAGCCUCACUGUCUCUUGGCGGGGGUGCAAGUACUGCCAUGGAUAGUGCUGUGGAGAGAAUGAUCGAUGCAGGGUACACUGUCUCCGUAGCUGCCGGUAAUGACAAUGCCAACGCAUGCUACACUUCUCCAGCACGAGUUGAACCCGCGUUGACAGUUGGUGCCACUGACAGUGACGAUGAGCGGGCAUCAUAUUCUAACUAUGGUACCUGUGUCGAUAUCUUUGCACCUGGAAGUGAUGUUAGAAGUUCCUACCAUCUCAGUGACAGCUCAUAUGCUGUUCUCAGUGGAACUUCGAUGGCAUGCCCUCAUGUAACUGGUGUCGCAGCUGUUCAUUUGGGAGCUGGUACUUGUGUAACACAUGCUUCAUGCAAAAACAAGAUAACUGGAGAAGCUACCAGCGGCCUUGUAGGCAACCCAGGUGAUGGAUCACCAAAUCUUUUAUUGUAUUGCGAUUAA